AUGGCCGAGGAGAAUCUAACUCGAUCCAAGGGCGUCGUGUCCAAAUUCAAUGACCAGAAAGGCUACGGAUUCAUCAAACCCGACGAAGGCGGCGAGGAUCUGUUUGUCCACCAGACCGCGAUCAAAUCCGACGGCUACCGCACAUUGCGCGAAGGCCAGGUGGUUGAGUUCACCAUCAUCCUGGACGGCGACAAGACCAAAGCCACCGACGUCACUGCCCCUGGCGGCGGUCCCGUAGAUUUGACCCCUCGGAAGGGUAACAACAGCAACAGCCGCGGGGGUGCUGUGUACGGAUCAUGUGAUCGGCGGAACGACGGCAAUGGAUUUGGUUAUCGCAGUGGCGGAGGCGGAGAGUGUUUCACCUGCGGCCAGUAUGGGCAUUUGUCCAGGGACUGCACGGGCGGCGGCGGCGGCGGCACCUGUUAUAACUGUGGAGGCUACGGGCAUAGGGCCAGGGAGUGUCCCAGUGGAUCCCGCAGCAGCGGAGGCGGGAAUUGUUAUAGUUGUGGGGAGGCAGGGCAUUUGGCGAGAGACUGCAUGGGUAGUGGAGGAGGUGCUGGGAUGGGUGGUUACAGCCGUGGAGGUGGUGGUUUUGGAAGGUUUGGGGGAGGUGGGGGAAACUGUUUCAACUGUGGGGAGUCUGGACACUUUGCCAGGGAGUGCAAAGAACCCCAUCGACCAUGA